GCGGUAUUUUCGAGGAAACGUUGUGCUGUGGGUGGGCGCAGCGGAGCGGGUGUCAUACGUUUUCCGCUGUACGUGUUUUAUUUCGAGAGCCGAAGUCGGGGUUUGCGCGCACUUAUCUGGGCCUUCACUGCGAAGGAACUUUAUUUACGUAAGGCGCGCCGCAAUAGCUGCUCGCCGAUAACCGAGGCUGCAAUCUCUCAUUGCGUCCGCGAUGGUCGCUCAGGAAGGACACGAGAUGGCCGGCCUUUCGAGAGGAGAGCCCCGCAAGUUUGACCCUGGUUUUAAGGGACCCCUCAAGAACAGGAGCUGCACUGACAUCAUCUGCCUCUUCUUGUUUGUCUUCUUCCUUAUUGGAUGGGCCAUUGUGGCAUUCUUUGCAUACCGCAGUGGAAAUCCUGAGCGCCUCAUCUACCCUACUGACAGCCAAGGAAACAUCUGUGGCCAGCCACCAUUUGAGGACAAGCAGUACCUGUUCUUUUUCGACAUCACUCAGUGCCUUAAAAGGGCCUACAAGCCUGGUGACCUGUUGCCUUCGCUCAUCUGCAACACUCCCCAGGUGUGCGUGUCACAAUGUCCCAACGAGACCUUCUUGGUCAGCAAUGUCAAAGGGAAUGAGGACAUCAUCCGUUCCAAGCUCAUAUGCCAGUAUGGCGUGGAUCCAUUUGACAAGCAAACAUACAGGAAUCUCCAGGACCUGACUGGAAAGGACCAGAAGUGUGCUGCUUAUUAUCUCAAGAGCAGCAGCGUGGCCAGGAGAUGCCUUCCUGGAAGACUGGAGCUCGAUGACAAGGGAAGGGUCAAGGACAUGCUCAACGAUGGAAUUGUCGAAAUGGUCACAGUUUCUAGGCUUGCUAGCAAAACCAAGAGCUCUAUUGAACUGAAGUAUGUAGCUCAACACGCAAGUAUGAAACCUGAAAAAGUGGGAAUUGCUGGCAUGCAAAAAAAAAAAAAAAGCUUGUGGGCUGCUUGUUAUGCUGCUUUGUUUCUGCUUCUUCUGCUGUGUUGGAAGAUCCUUGCAGGCUUGUCAAGUGCAAAGGAUGUUGGCGAACUUGCAUUCCAAGACUUCAAGACUGCAUGGCCUCACAUGCUCAUUGGGCUUCUAUGUGCCAUGCUGGUGGCAUUCCUCUGGAUUGCCCUCAUGCGCUGGCUGGCAGCUGUCAUGGUUUGGCUCAGCAUCCUCUGCCUGGUGCUGCUCUUCUCCUUUGGCUCCUACUACAGCUUCAGCAAGUAUGUCGAGCUGCGCAACAGCUCGGACAGUGGCAGUGAGAGCCUCAUCAAGCAGUUCGACGUGUCCGUCUCAUUUACGCAAAACCUGCGGGCCUACACUGCCAACAAGAACACCUGGCUGGUUCUGGGCAUUGUGUCAGUUGUGAUCCUGGUUGUGCUGUUGCUUCUGCUCAUCUUCUUGCGAAAGCGCAUCGUCAUUGCCAUUGCUCUAAUCAAGGAAGCCAGCAGAGCGGUUGCCCUGAUGCCCUCGGCUCUCUUCUUUCCGAUCCUGCCGUACCUGCUGCACCUGCUGCUGUUCGCCUUCUGGGGCUCGGUGGCAGUAUACCUUGCAUCCAGUGGCACAGCUGACUUCAAGUACAUGAACAUGACUGGCGGAAAUAACAGCAUGACUGGAGAAAGCUGCUCUAUAGAGGAGGCCAACAAGUCGUCUUCGCUGUCGCAUCUCAAGUGUCAGUUCACGCAGUACGUGGCCAACCAGCACCUGUCACGGCUGCAGAUCUACAACUUCAUUGGCCUCAUCUGGGGCAUGUUCUUCAUAGUGGGGCUGGGUCAGGUGGCGCUGGCGGCAGCCUUUGCCUCCUACUACUGGGCCUUUCACAAGCCACAGGAUGUUCCUUUCUUUGCUGUGCUCCAUGGACUAUGGAUCACUGUCCGGUACCACCUGGGAUCAGUUGCAUUUGGUUCCCUCAUCCUGACCAUAGUGCGUGUCAUCCGAAUUGUGCUCGAGUACAUUGAUGAGAAACUGAAGAGGUAUGACAACGAGUUCACCAGGUGCCUCAUGAGGUGCUGCAAGUGCUGUUUCUGGUGCCUCGAGAAGUUCCUGAAGUUCUUGAACAAGAAUGCCUACAUCAUGAUUGCUAUUUAUGGCAAGAACUUCUGCAGUUCUGCCAAGGAGGCUUUCAAGUUGCUCAUGCGCAACGUUGUGCGGGUUGUUGUGCUGGACAAAGUCACUGACCUGUUACUGCUUGUUGGAAAACUCGUCAUUGUUGGCAUUGUUGCUGUGCCCACCUUCUUUGUGUUUUCCCGCAAAGUGGACGCACUUAACAACCACCUUCCUGAGCUCAACUACUACAUGCUGCCCAUUCUGACCAUCUCUAUGGGUGCGUACAUCAUAGCAUCAAGCUUCUUCAGCGUGUACAGCAUGGCUGUGGACACACUGUUCCUCUGCUUUUUGGAAGAUUGUGAGAGGCAUGAUGGAUCAGAAGAGAAGCCAUACUACAUGUCCAAGGAGCUCAUGAAGAUCCUGGGAAAGCAGAACAGGUUGCAAGAUGCCGACAAGUGACUGCCUUGACAACCUCCCACUUCGGUGUGCUGCUGCACAGAGGUGUGCGGUGUGCUUUCCUUGAAUCGUGCUUUCAUGACACAAUUUGCCCAGCUGUAGAGAGCCCCUUUUUGCUUAGCUUUGACUUGGAACAUGCACUCGUGACUUCAUAACUCUGAAAACAUGCCAUGAGUGGAAUAUCUAGAUUGGCGCUGCUGGUUAUUUUUAAGCAACAUAGAUAAUGUCCUGUGCUGCGGAUGGGAAACUGCACAAGGGCAGAGUAGAAGCAGCAUUGUGUGGCCUUGGGUGUUUAUAUGCACGUUGGUUGUGUGCACUUUUGUACAUGGCUUUAUCUGUACUGAAUGUCACGUAACAGUAAUUUAGCUGGGACAGGCGUGUCGCUCCUAUUUGCACCACAACUUUCGUGUGUUUCGCAACUUUUAGUGUGCAACAGGUUUGUAUGCAUCAGAAGCAGCUUGCUGGAUGCAUGUGCCACUCUGGUGGCUUCAUUCUUGGUCGCGCAUCUAACAAGGCUGCACUGCCAUGCAUGUUUUAUUUUUAUUGGAACAGACCAUGCACUCGAAAUGCAUUGAUGGUCUCCUAGUUUAUGUGGCUCACUUAGGCGUGUUUGUACCAGCGAAGCAAUCCCAAAAGUUAUCUCUUAAUGCUUGGAAAAAUUUAAAUUUUGUACUCCCAAAGAAAGUGUUCUUUUGCCCUUGGGAACCUCCCUCAUAUGCUGUUUUGAACAUUCCUUCAGGUUUGAAAAGCGGCUGCGAAAUGCUUUUUUUUUUUUUACCAACUGCCAGCGCUAUUGUUGCAUGCAAUUUUAUGCUGGGGUACUUUUAAGGCUCAUAUGGGAAGCGGUCAGAACACACUGAUGUAGCAUAUAGUAGUAUGAAAUUGCUCAACUGUUAUCGGGGUACAUUGCCUCAUUACUUUGUGCGAUAGAUUUUACCACUCGCAUGCCCGAGCAUAGAGGCGACAGUAUCAGAGGACAUAGUGGGGAGAUGCGAAAUUUGAGGUCAACAGAUUGGUCUUGCUAGAGAGACGUGUGGUGCAUUAAAAAGUAUGCUUGUCGCACUUGAUGCUUUGUCCUUUGGUCUUGGUCAAUCUUGAUUGCCAAUUAAAUGAAGGUGGCAUCCCCAAACACCUUGAGUAUUACAUCAUCAAAAAUUGACUGUCGUCAAGACUUGGCUCCUUAUUUGGUUUUGCUUAACUUGGCAUUCAGUUUUCAUUUGUACAAGUCCUCGUGGCGAAAUUGGUAGCAGGCUGAUGGGGCCUCAUUUCCAGGGUACAGCACCCAAAGCUGUCGCAAUGUGGUCUCGUUGUAGCACCAUGUCCCUUAUUAGUGUGGCGUUGUCUUUGCAUCAGUAAGGCAAGGCAGAGGCUGCCCAGACCUUGUAUCGUUCUCCAGUGAAGUCCUUCCUGACUUCAAUAUUAUGUACCACUUGGAUAUACAUUUGCAGAAUACUGCCUAAUUUUCCUUGGCAUCACGUGUAGUGUCUCUGUGCCUGUCUAGCCCCAUGUACCAGGCUAUUUGACAUUGGCACACUGCUGAUAAUUGACAUCCAUGCUUCUCGGAGUGCUGAUAAGUGGUUUGGGUUCUUUUUUUUUGGCUGCAUAUACUGAUUUGAAUAUAUAUUUUAGAUCAUUUGCAUGAGCUUAAGGUGGACAGCAGUUCCAGAACUUUUGGGGCAAAGUAGCAGUGAUGCAAAUUCCAAUUUUGCAUUAUGAUAAAUGCAGCCUCUGGUAUUGUGCGGUUAGAACUCUUCGUGGAAAGGCAGGCCACACAGUCUGCGUGAUGUGAAGACCACGCCCUGUGCUAGUCUUGCUUCCCUUACCUCGCCUAUCAUGACCACGUGGGAUAUUACAAGCACUGGAAAUGUGUUAUAGGCAUUUAGCACCUUUUGGGAAAUGUGUGUUGCCAAAUCGCCUUUCUGUCUGCAGAAGAAGCUUUUACAAGUUGCACAUCGUUUAGGAUCUUGUUGGAACACGUGCACCCUCUACAUGGUGCACCAUUGAGAAAGGAAACACUGCAUUUGAAUUUAAAGCCAGUAAUUUCCGUUGUUCCUGUGCUGAAAUUUUAAAGAAAUCUAUGUGAGCAGAACUUCUCAUGCCAAAACUAUAUAGUAACUGUGAAUGAGGUUCUGACUUGUCGGUUUGCAGGAAUCUUGGUUUGCACACAGCUUUAGUUGUCCCCUUUCGUACUGGUGCAGUGUACACCCUAGCUUUCAACUGUGGUAUUAUCAACCUGAGAAGAGCUUUGUGGGAAAUUAUUUGCUCAAUAAUAAAGCCAAUGAAAAGGUCUUGUCAUACGUGUGGGCAUUUGAUCAUGCAAGUGUUGACCAUCUGGGUGCCUCUUUGGUCAUUGUCUGCGUUUACUUUCCUGAAAAAAAAGGGGAGGGGGGGGCCACACAUGUGGACUGUCAGAUUUUCUAGCAUCUUAAAAAUAAUCUUCAAGAACAUGACAAUAUGUGCAGGGGGCCUGAAGGGCACAUGUCUAUGCAUUGUUGAGGUUGUUGUUGUGCCGAGUUUGAAAAGUGUGAACUUGUUUGUGUAAAUGGAGACCAACGUACCUGUGAGAUACUUAAAGCUUCAGGAGAUAACAUGAGGCACUCACUAAUGUGUUAGCACUCACUGUCCAUAUUGGUAUUAGUAAGCAGUGGUGGCAGUUGAGUAUAAGUUUGUGUUGUCUCCGAUUGCCUCCCUAUUUUCUUUUUUCAUGUGAGAAGUAAUCGUGGAUGACAACCAUCUAGCCCAAACCCACGCGUGGUAGGAGCUGUAGGAUUCAGCCUACGCAGCUGCUGCGCGACAGCUGGCAUUUCAUAGCGAAGGCAUUUCCAUUGAAAGUAACUUGAAGCAUGCAGUUUCAUACUAAAAUUACCAGAGGAAUAUCUCGUGCUGCAGUCAACCAACCAUUUUGGGAAUCGUGGUCCUACGUGAAUUUUUUUUUUACGAUAUAGAAUGGAUUCAUUGUUGAAAUAUUUUACUGUUUAAAACAUGUUUUAAUGUUCUGUUUGGUUCAUGUAUGUUGUGUGCUGGCCUCGCAACAUUUGUUUAGAGCUGUAGAUGUUAAAAAGUUCCAAAUGAAGUCAUUUCAUCACAAUUUGCAGCGCAGAAAUUAUUCUUAGUGCUUUUGAAUACAUUUCUCACCAGUAUAGAUGUCUAGUAAAAGACUCACCAUGGGUAUCUUUUUAAUAUGCUAAAAAUUCUUUAUCUUGCUUUUGCAAUUUCCUGAAAAGUGUAAUAGUAGCAAUGUUUGCUAAUAAUCAUUGUUGUACAUAAACUGUGGUGAAAAGAUAACUUCAAGAAGGUUGUCUGCAACUCGAACAAAGCUUAGGCGCUGGCCCACCCUUCCCGUGAUGGCUGAACAGCAGCCAUACUAGCAGUGCACACAGGCUUUGUUAUUUUAGUAUGAAACUACAUGGCUUAAAUGACACCAAAUUAUUCUAACAGGCUGGUCGUUUUUUCUAGUGUUGGAGGCACACUGAAGACCCUGCAUUCCAGCUGCUUGCGUUUCAUCUGCAAGGCAUAACAUUGGAGUUGGCAUAGCAUGUGCCACUCAGUUUCGGAGCAUGCACCAAGAGUGUGUACCUGUGCAUGAUAAUUUUCUCUGAACACUGUGUAAAGCAGUGAUCUGAGACUCACGCCUGCAUGUUCAUAUAUAUAGCUCAAUAGUUUAUGGUGGUUGAAACUGUUUAGUUGUAUUGAAUCCACCAUGUUAAGUUCAACUAGGGUUUUCUUCUAAUCUUUGUUGCCUUUGUAACAGUCAACGAAAUUGUUUAAACUUAAUUUUCAUGACAGUGAAAGUAAACAAGUGCAGAUAUCUGUAUCAAGAUCCUCAGGUAUAAACAGACCAGUUGAUUUAUGUGUUAAAAAGGAAAGCUAAACCCUGAUAGCAAUGCCAACACUUGUGCCAAUAACUCAGUAAGCUUAUUACUUGAAAGAUGUACUGCUUCAGCCAUGUAAUGCAAUAUGGAAAUCAUGAAGGUUGGUUUCUUUUCUGUGAUGGAUGUUUGCUGCCAUUUGGCUGCAAUGAAGGAGCAUAGAAUGUAGAAUAUGUUUUCUAGAUCUAAUUAGAAGGUUGUCCUGAAGCUUGCAAAUCACAGCUAAAAAGCAGCAAAAUAAAACCAAGACAAGAAAGACGACACAAGUGCUGACUGCCAACAGAAGACUGCAUGUGCACAUGCCCAAGAAACAGGCAGGGGCAAGGGCUCUUCUAACCAGGCAUGUGUAGACAUGGAAAACUUGCUAAGAAAUGAUCAAUCGCGUUGUUGUAAGUCAAGUUAAUCGAAGGCUCGCUGACCGAGCCUUCGCUUCGCUUCGAUUCGAGCUCGCUGACCGAGCCUUUCUACGCCCUUGCAGUGCGUAGAAAAAGCUUUGCAGAUCUCACAUGCUCGCUGGUCUCGGUAUCUGCACAGAACAUGUACCUCUUCAAGUAAAGGCAAGCACCCGCAUUUGGCACAAUGAAUUGCUCCCACUCUUGGACUUGAGGUUACUGGAGUGCUCCCACAGGCGGUCGUUAAGGCAAUGACCUGUUUGUCCAAUCUAUGAGCCACUGCACGACGGGACCUCGUACACAACUUUCCUCUUGCUAGGCACAAAGUGCGUGGAAUGUUGCUUGUCACACUGCAUGUUUUCAGGAAGAAUAGCGUUCACCCUUUUGCAUAGCGACCCUAACUUGUUAGGUACCGACUAGAAUACUCCCACUAUAAUCUAUAAUAUCUCUGUGAUUGAUCAAUCGUUCGUAAGUUUUUAACGUUUGAUGCAUGCACAGUUAGAAAAGCCUGAGCCCCCUUCCGCCCCUCCCUGUUUCUUGGGCAUAUAUAUAUAUUUACAUACAGAAUAUAUACAUUUUGUUGGCAGUCAGCGCUCGUCCUAUGUCAUCUUUCUUGUCCUGGUUUUCUUUCGCACUGUUUUUUAGCUAUGAAUCAGUACCAACUAGGUGAAGUUCAGACCUUUUUGUUAGUCAUUUUUGACUACCUGAAGAUGUCUUAGUACCUGUAUUGUAAGGAACGAAUCAAGGACACAUAAUAGGGAGUUUAUGGAAAAAGCAUAUCCAAGUGGUAUUGCUUGGGCAAAAACUCAAAUUCUAUUUCAGGCCCUUUGCAUUCUUAUGUACUCUCGCUGCGUUCUUUUGUACACCCAGGGGAUUGUGUCCACUAAUUUUGGGUCCAUUAUUGCUUUAACUCCCUAUUUUUGCAAAUUGCUGUAGAUUUGUGAUAUGCAGUGUUAGGUGCUGUUAUGUUAAGAGGGCAAUGCUGAGCUAUGGUCAAAAUUGGGAUAGCAGCUCACGAAAACAUUUGCUAGGCUGAAGUUUGAAAAAGCAAAUGAGAGACAUGGUGUGCUUUUUUAUGUUGUUCAUCGUACUGAAAGUGUUAUGCUUUGCUGAAUAGAAGAUGCGGGACAGUGUUGUUUGUUAUCCAGUUUUAUUGAUUGCCACUUGCAGGAUAGGUUGUGAUCGCCCUGUAAUUUUCUUCUCUUGUGAUUGAAUAACUCGUUGUGUAUACUUUCGUGCCUACAAUUGCAGCAAAGGUGUAUGUGGUCAGUGUCCUUGUACCUGCGGCUUGCACAAGAAAUGGCAUUAACAGUUGUUGCUGAGCCUGCAAUUAUGUACACUGCCUUGUGCUUUUGUCUAUGUCAUGGUGAGCCUGAACAUAACGCAAAGUUGUGCACUUUUUCUUGCUGUAAUAAAGAUGAAAAAAGGC